AUGGAAAUAAAUUUUACUUUGUAUAAUAACAUCGGAGCAGUUUACAGGAAUCAAGGUGAUUAUGAGAAAGCAUUGAAAUCUCAUGAAAAAUCUCUUGAAAUUCAAUUGAUUUCACUUCCACCAAAUCACCCUGAUAUUGCAACAACAUAUAAUAACAUCGGAGCAGUUUACAGGAAUCAAGGUGAUUAUGAGAAAGCAUUGAAAUCUUAUGAAAAAUCUCUUGAAAUUCAAUUGAUUUCACUUCCACCAAAUCACCCUGAUAUUGCAANACAGGAAUCAAGGUGA